CACGGUGACGUGGGCGAAUAAACUGUCUACCCAUAAAUACAAUGUGCCCGAUAGAGCUUAGGUAGCCAUUGUGUGUUUAUGCUGUCGUACGGUCGAAAGAAGCGAUUCAGUUAAGGAUUUCCAGACUUCGUAAGCUCGUGAUUAACUUACGGUUUUGACCCCGUAACUUUAACAUUUGGUGCAUUUGUGUAAAUAGACACUUACGUUUUAACUGAGUGUAGUGAAUUUAACACAACCAAGCAACAUUAGCUAGCUACGUGCACCUCCCUGCAUUCCAGACGAUCGAAUUUUUUUCGGGGGGGAUAGCCGUGUAGCAAGUAUUUCAAUCAGUAGCAAACUGUAAUUUGCGCAACGUAACGUUACCAUUUUAACUGAUAAGACCUUCUUUUCAAGAAACGGUUUCCUCUUUAGAUGGCAAGCUUCCCAGAUUUUGUAAACGAAAAUGAAAUAGGAAAGGCUAAGUUUGUUGGGGAACUCUUAGCUCCAGUUGCUCCCUUUGACCAAAAGUCUGGACGGGAGACUUGGACUGUUGCUUUUGCACCUGAUGGUUCCUACUUUGCUUGGUCUCAAGGGCAUCGUAUUGUGAGGCUCCUACCCUGGUCAAAAUGCUUGGCCGAUCUGUCUGUAAGGAAGGACGAGCGCAAAACUGGAGUCGGACUUCAGCGUCAGUCGCGGCAGAACAGCAUUGGCAGUGUCACCCCGUUUCCAGGCGAACCACGUGAACACACCAUUGACUGUGGUGAUGUGGUGUGGGGACUUGCAUUUGGCUCAUCGGUGCCUGAGAAGCAGAGCCGCUGUGUCAACAUUGAGUGGCACCGCUUCAAGUUUGGUCAGGACCAGCUGCUCCUGGCUACUGGCCUCAACAAUGGCCGCAUUAAGAUCUGGGAUGUCUACACAGGCAAGCUUUUGCUUAACCUGAUGGACCACACAGACAUUGUGCGAGACCUGACCUUUGCCCCUGAUGGUAGCCUGGUUCUAGUCUCAGCAUCGCGGGAUAAAACUCUACGUGUGUGGGACCUGAAAGAUGACGGUAACAUGGUGAAAGUGUUGCGGGGCCAUCAGAAUUGGGUUUACUGCAGCGCCUUCUCCCCCGAUUCCUCAAUGCUGUGCUCCGUAGGGGCGGGCAAAGCGGUGUUCCUGUGGAACAUGGACAAGUACACGCUAAUGGGGAAGCUGGAGGGCCACCACAAUGAUGUGGUGUCGUGUGAGUUCUCCCCGGACGGAGCCCUGCUGGCCACGGCCUCUUACGACACACGCGUCAUCCUGUGGGACCCUCACAUGGGCACGGUGCUGUUGGAACUGGGGCACCUGUUCCCUCCCCCCUCGCCUAUAUUUGCAGGGGGUGCCAAUGAUCGAUGGGUGCGCUCCGUGUCCUUCUGCCACGAUGGCCGCCACAUUGCCACAAUUACUGAUGAUAGGCUGCUGCGUUUCUGGAGCAUUGAGGAGAAGUCUCCUCAAGCUAUUGCCCCUGUCACCAACGGCCUCUGCUGUGCCUUCUCCACUGGAGGGAGUGUUUUAGCUGCCGGGUCUCGUGAUGGCAGUGUGCACUUUUGGACGUGCCCGCGCUCCAUCGCCAGUCUCCAGCACCUGUGCCGCAUGGCGCUGCGCCGCGUCAUGCCCACGCAGCAAGUGCAAACCCUCCCCAUCCCUGUGUGUAUGCAGGACUACCUGGCCUACAAGACUAUCUAGCCCAGCUCUGCGCCGAUCCCUCACUGUACAACCAAGGAUAUUUGAUUCUUUUGUAGAAAAAGGACAGACAACCAAAAA